UUGAUUUACUUGCACGCAGACUUAAAAAUGCAAUCGACAAGUAUUAUCUGCGUCAUCUUGAUCCUGGGCUGUGUACUCAUUAAUGGACAAAGUCCUGACUGCCGUAAGUUAAGGGACACUUGCAAUCCUUGCAUCCGCAGACUCAAUAAUUACAUCAAUAAUGCGGAUUUCCUGAACAACGGAUGCCGUGAGAAAGUCCGUGGUAGAUACAUCUGGAAGAAUCAGACUAUCUGCAAUCUUCAAGUGAUCGCUUGCGGAGCUCACAAGAGGAAACUGAAUUGCUUGGUAAUAGCAGAGCUUGCUGGGAUGCCAAGGCGAACUUAGAAGAAUUCCCAACAGCAUUGUGAUUAAUUACCACAUGGGAGCGCAGCUAAAAUAUUAAAGUGAUUUUGUCCAAAUAAAUGCAUAUGUGAAGAGA